UCCCUUCUAAACGUAAAGCUGCUACCGUUGGCCGAUUCGUGUAACCUCAAUUACUAUCUGGAGCAAGAUUAAAUAGUGUGCUCUACUGACCUAGAACAUCGCGGGUGAUCACGGGCAACGAUAGCUGUUGAGCGGUGAAAGCAGAAUGCAGUGAUAGUUUAUUCUCCAAUGAACUUAAGGCAUUACAUUGUUGUACAUUAGAAAAAAAAACGUGUUCAGUUCGAAACAAUGAAGAAAGUGACAGAAAACAGUGCAUUUUCCGACGGUGCUGAGGAAGGUUGCUGCCAGGAGCGUCGCGAAGGGGUGGAAAAACUUCUAAAACUGUCGGAGAAUGACGCCCAGCUCACGGUGGACAGCAUCGAAUGUCUGCCCGGAAGCCAGCAAGGUGACAACUACAUGUCCAUCAUCAAGCGCAUUCUAGUGCGCGGAAAACGACGAAAGUGGAACGUGAAAAGCAAAGAAUUUUUCGUGUCGCUGAUCUACAAACGGCAGAUUGCAAGCCUCCAGCGGAGGAAACUAUUUCGAGCGGAUGAGGCAUUUGCGAAUGAAAUCAACGCCUACACGCAGCUGGUGCCGGUGCUGAGAAAAUUCUCCCGUGACCGGCUUCCCUUUCCGUCCUGUAUCUACGCUGGAACUGACGCCGAGGGGGAUCUGAUCGUGCUGCAGGAUUUGUGGCGCAGCGGGUAUCGCAUGGAAGAUCGCCGGAAGAGUCUUAGCUACCGGCAGUGUCGGACGGUUGUCAGGGAACUGGCCAACUUCCAUGCCGUUUCGCUUGCGAUGAAACAAGUCCAACCGGUACUGUUCCAUAGGAUGAAGGAAAAGGUGACAGAAAUCGUGUACAACGAUGAGGCUGCCGAGUUCUAUACACAUUCCCUGGAGACAUCCCUGCGAGGGACGCUGGAUAGUUUACACUACAGCAACAAAAACGGUAACCUGGAUGUUCCGAUUAAAGCGAUCGAGCGGUUAAGUGGUCGACUGUACAACAUCAUGUCGAGCAUGGUUCGCAACAGUCAAGAACCUUGGAAUGUGCUUUGCCACGGAGAUACCUGGGUCAACAACCUGAUGUUCAACGGUAGUCAAGAUCGUGUUAAGCUUAUCGAUCUGCAGACGAUGCGAUACACCUCUCCGGUCAUUGACAUAAUACAUCUUCUUUAUACUAGUGCCGGUUCCGAUUUACGAGUUAACUUCACUGACGAGCUGAUACGAAGCUACCAGGAAUCGUUGAUAGAUGCCCUACGAAUGUAUGUGCCUGAUCAUAAACGAUUUGUCCUGCCCACACUGGAAGCAACAUUCAGCUACGAAAAUGUUCGCGCCGAAUAUUACUCCCGAAUGUUGUAUGGAUUAGGUAUUGCCAUGUGGUUGCUACCUGCGGUAACCUUCCAUCCGGAUCACAUUCCCGACCUUGACACGGUCACCAUGAACGAUUUCAAGACCAAAAAUCAUGAGAAAACCAUUGCCCAAAUGCUGUCACCGGAUUACCACACCCGAAUGAGAGACACUGUGUUGGAAUUCUACGAAAAUGGAUUCCUGAAUAACAUUUAACAAGUUUGGUUUUGUUGUCACAAUCAACAGAUAGAAGUAUUACAUCAGGAAUUAAUUUCUCGAUUAUCAUUCCAAAAAUAUUAUUCUCAAAUAAUCCAAAUGAACAAUAGUUACCAAAAUGUAGUUCCAUUUGUGGGAUGUAAAGUUAUGUAAAAAAUUAUAUUUCAGCCCUAAACUGUUGGCUGCACCCAACAAUAGCUAGUCAAUAUUGGUAUCACGUUCGUUCAAUCAAAUUAGCAAAAAAAUACACCGUUAUAAUUUAAUCAAAGUAGGAAAUCUGAACCAACUUCAGAUAAGUCAAAACAAUAUGUUCAAUACAAGCAGUAACGCCUUUGGAUUCUGCAAUACAAAACAGGCAUUCAGUCAUUGGUAGCCAUAUCAUCGUUAUCACAACAAUCACUCGCUAGGAUUUAGUUAACCAAGCAAUAACAAAUAUAUAGAACAAGAGACCGCAACGAUCCAAUGCCUUACAUAAUUUUAAACUAGAAGAUAGCAAUCUCACGCGGAAGAAUUGUCGGCUGACUUGAAGUGUAAUCACAACUGUUCGAAAGCGUCACGAAUCGAUUACUAUAAUACCACUUUUUUCCUGUUCAUGUAACACCAAGACGAAUCCUCACUCACAAACGGAAAAUAAAGGAUCAUGCAUUGCCAACAAUUUACCCCACUUCCCUCUAUGUUACUAUUUAUCGCAAUUUAAUUUAUCCUUGCCCCUGGUAUAGAUAAGAACGAUACAAAUUAAUUGUUCUAUUAUUUUAGCUCAUAAAAUAUCACAUUUUUCCAUACCCCAUCCACACCAUCUUAGAUUUCCACUUUGAACUGUGGUAGUGACAGGAAAGGAUUCGCAGUAACCGUGUAUUAUGACGCGAGGGCACGCCAAGUCAAUCGCCUGAAGUUCAACGUAAUGAAUAACCCCGGCAAUGUGUAGUCUUCGGUGUAUAGGGAAGGAGCAGCAGCUUAUUUGCACUACUCUAAUCAAAUAUUGUAGUGACUAGUAAGGAAGUACAUAGUUGAUAGGAGAGUGCUGACCGUGGGUGUUUACACGAUAGUACCGAACAGAAAUGGUGUUACAGUAACAGUCGUCAGAGAGAGAGAAAGAGAGAAAGAAAAUUUGCAUCCAAUACUACUCGUGAAUAUGCUAGCAUGAAGAAAAAUGAAAGUGUUUCGUUGUUCGUUUUUCUAUGGCCAUUAUAGAUGCAAGCCUGUUAAUGUUCAUUAUGUUAAUAAGUUUACGAUUUCAAUUUUUCCACAUCUUAAAACAGAAUAUGGAAAAAAAAAAACUGAUUCAAACAUACAUACUACGUACUAGCUUAUAGCAAACGAAUAAAAUAUUAUUUACCAAAUCGAA